GUGGGCUAGCGCCAGUGUGAUCCGUGGGAUUUAGCAUCAAAACAAUCCCUCUGCUGUUUCCCAUCAACCACACAAGCAGAGACUGACAAGAAGUCCUAGUCUUGCGGUGUAAUAUCUUCAUACAUCUCUCUUUCCGCUUAGCGCUUAUCCCAGUCUCAUUUUUCGCUUUAGCGUUUCGAUUGAUAACUAUUCUACCCCACCAUCAUGGGUGAAUCCAGACAGGAACUGCUGGCAUGGCUUAACAACCUGCUUCAGCUGAACCUGACCAAGAUUGAACAGUGUGGAACUGGUGCUGCCCUCUGCCAGGUGUUCGAUUCGAUUUUCAUGGAUGUUCCCAUGUCCCGAGUCAAGUUCAACGUGAACACUGAAUAUGCUUACCUCCAGAACUUCAAGGUUCUUCAGAAUGUCUUCGCCCGUCACCAGGUCAACAAGCCCAUCCCCGUCCAGUCCCUCACAAAGUGCCGCAUGCAGGACAACCUUGAGUUCCUCCAGUGGGUUAAGAAAUACUGGGAUCAGCACUAUCCCGGUGGUGAAUACGACUCCGUCGGCCGGCGCAAGGCCUCCGGCGCGCCUGCUUCCGUUGGUGGGGGCCCUACUUCGCGCGCCCCGUCUGCUGGCAGCGCACGCCGUGGAGUGACCCCGACAACUGGCGCCGUCCGUCCCCGGAUUGGCACCGCAGCCAGUGGAGCGGCCACCGCUGCCCUGCAACAGGAGAUCUCGACACAAAAGGAAGCGAUUGCAGGACUGGAGAAGGAGCGGGACUUCUACUUUGCCAAGUUGCGCGAUAUUGAACUGCUGCUCCAGAGUGCCAUUGAAGCCGACCCCGAGCUUGAAAAGGAGGAAGACACGCUUGUUAAGCACAUCCAAGGCAUUUUAUACUCGACCGAGGACGGCUUCGAGAUCCCCGCCGAAGGAGAGGAGAUUCCGGCCGACGAGCUCGAGACUUUCUAAGCGAAAAAUGAGUUCUGGACCCGAGAGGAGGAAAGACCCGUUACUAAUACCCCCGCGUCUUUUAUUCUUUCUUGUCUUCUUUCUAAUGGUGUCAAAUAAGACGAGCAUCGUAGAUAUGGAGUCAAAUGCAUACAUCUUAUUUUUCC